GUCACCCUCGUACAUCUUGUCCCUCACGCCGAACUCCGCCCUCACCCGCAUCUCUCCACCAUGGCCGACGUCGAGAUGAAGCCCGUUGACGAGAAGAAGGAGGAGAAAAAGGAGGAGAAGCCUGCUGAGGAGAAGAAAUCGGCGCCGCUCACCCCAGUGGCCGAAAUCAAGGGAAACGUCGCACUCAUAGAGCGGGCUGUUUCUACCCUCGAACCUCGCUUCACGCAUCGCGUCUUGCGGUCGUUGACGCACUUAAGGAAGAAACUCAACGACAAGGUGCUUCAGGAUGCUGUCCAUGAGGUCUACAGAAUCGAUUCUCCCUCGAAGAAGGCGCUCCUUGUAUGGCUGCCCGACACAUCUGCAGACCACUCCAUGGACAUCGACCCCGCGACGGCACCCUCCAAGCAAACUCCAAGUGAACCCCUGCCCGAAGUCGAAAUCUACUUCCGUCUCCUCAUACUCCACCACCUUCUCACUUCCCCAGCCAACUACCCCAAGGCCACCAGGCUGGCUCACGAGACCGUGGAGAAGAUUCAAGCGCUUAACCGUCGGAGCAUGGAUCCGAUUGCAGCUAAGGUUUGGUACGCAGUUGAGCGAGCGUACGAGCUCGGGGGCGAAUUGGCCGACGCACGACCAUUGUUCCUGGCCGCUCAGCGAACCGCCGCGCUCCGCCACGACGAUGAGACCGAGGCGUCGCUCAUUAAUCGUAUACUGCGGAGUUACCUUCAGUACAGCUUGUACGAUCAAGCGGACAAGCUCGUUUCCAAGACCUCGUUUCCCGCUGCGGCGGGUAAUCCCCAGCAUGCGCGGUAUCACUACUAUCUUGGGCGCAUCAAGGCCGUACAGCUCAACUACACAGCGGCGCACACAAACCUUCAGCAGGCUAUUCGUCGUGCUCCCCCGGCGAAGACAGCCCCCGGCUUUUACCAGGCUGUGCACAAGCUAUCCAUCGUGGUCGAGCUCCUUAUGGGCGACAUCCCCGAACGCAGUCUCUUCCGGCAUCCGGUCCUUGAAGAGGCCCUGGCCGGGUACUUCGAGAUCGUGAAGGCGGUCCGGAACGGAUCUUUGUCCCAGUUUCAGAGUACGCUCUCGCGCUACGCCGCGCAGUUCGAAACAGACAAGACGUAUACCCUCAUCGUUCGUCUGCGGCAAAACGUGAUCAAGACUGGUAUCAGGCGUCUUUCGCUGUCCUAUUCGCGCAUCUCGCUUCGGGACAUCUGCGUGAAGCUGCACCUGGACUCAGAGGAGGACGCAGAGUACAUCGUCGGCAAGGCGAUACGCGACGGGGUCAUUGAGGGCCGGAUCGUCCACGAGAAGGGCUGGAUGGAGUGUGGCGGGCAGAAGAGCGGCUACGGCCCCGAGGUUAGCGACGUGUUCUCGCGCCGCAUCGCCUACUGCCUCGAGCUACACAAUCAGAGCGUGAAGGCUAUGCGCUACCCACUGAAUGCGCACCGCAAGGAACUUGCGGCUGCAGAAGGGGCUCGAGAACGUGAGAAGGAGCUCGCGAAGGAGAUACAGGAAGGGGGAGAUCUGGACGACGAGGGCCCUGACCUUGGCGAGGGUUUCUAGGCGUUAUGUUAUCGCCGUUGUAUGUUGAACCCUGCUCGGCUGGCGUUAUUGAAAGUGUACUGCUUUGGUGUCCAAAGGGUCUUUUUUCGUGGCGUUUGUGAGCCUUCUAGUACGAAGAGCUUCCCAAUAGGGCGUCCUGAGAAUGACAGGCCUUUAUGUAGUGUGUAGAGUGGAGGGACGCCAUAAU